CCCCCACCCAGCCUGGCUCCUGGAGGAGGCAGAUGCGGCUGGCAAACAAAUAAAACAUGCAUCUGAGCAAGGAUCAGCCACAAGCCCAGCCGAAGGGGUGUGGAAACGACACCCCCGCCUCACCGCCGCUAAAAACAUAUAAAGAACAGGAAGAAGAUCACAUGUUAUAAUAAUCCCCUUUGCAGCCAGACAGGACCAGAGGGCAGAGCUGGCCAGUUAGGACGGAGAGAUGUGCCAGCAGCUGAAGGGAGACAGAGAGAAAACUUGAAGAUAACUAAAUAGCACAACGAGGGGGCGAAACCCCUGUCCAGAUAGCAAAAGGGAGGAUCUCUCGCCCCCCUUUUUUCUGCAAGGCAUAUGGAAGGGAGAAAUAGUUCCUCCAACCCCCUCCCGAACCCCCAGCUCCCCUAAACCAAAUGCUACCCCCUCUCCACCAGGAACCUAAUCUGUCAUAAUUUCCAGGAACAAAUCAAGUCCCAGGAGGCAGAGAAGAACAGUAAAAGGGGGCAAUCGAUUCUGUGUGCAUUGACACCAGCGGUGACUUCAUUAUUACCCUUUGACGACCAGUCUGUGAAGCUAGCCCCUUGGUGGAAAAGUGAGAGCAGGGACAGCAAGGGGGUGAGAGAGAGACGAGUAAUUGUCCGAUCAUCUCUCAGAAAGAAAAGCAAACUUGGUUCUUCUUAUGACCCUCUGCCUCAGGGAGCAAAAGGGAAGAGCGCACUGUCUAGGACAAAAUUCAUAACAAAGCAAGGUUUUAACGGUGCAUGGCCCCUAAUUGCACCCCCAUUAGCAGCAGAGGGAGGGGGCGUAGGGAGGGGAUAAGGGGGGCGGGGGACCCAAGAAGCAAGGACCGCAAAUGAAAGUGAAAGAUUAAAAUAGCAAGUAAAAUAACUGCAUAUUAUCAGAUCUGACCGGAGACCUGAGCUUUGCUUUGCUUCCUCAGUGAUGGUUUGUCUCCGGGCUGUGUCAGAGAUGUGAAUUUCACCUACUUUCUGGAUGCAAAGGGGUAACAUCUACCCAUUCCUUUAUUUAUUUGGAAGCAAUGUGGGUCACACACACAGAAGCCAUCUGAGACCUGGAAAGCUGUCUGGAUUUAAAAUAAAACAAGAAGAAUGAGACACCAGCCAGGAUCCCUGCCCUGAGAAGAAGGUGAAGAAAGAAAGAAAGAACAUGCAGACACCAAACCUGUAGAUUUAUGACAUUCUUUUUGCUCUACUAAGGACAGAUAUUUUCCCCCCUUACAGACAUGCAGCAGAAAGGCAUCAUGCUGAUUGUGUUCUUGGAGUACAUUGUUUCUGGUCAUGGUGAGGCAGAUCCAGUAAAGCUACGAACCUUCCGCUGUGACGGCCACUCCUGCAAUCCUCCUGUAGGGAAUCUAGCAACAGGCAGGACUCCGGUCUCUCUUACCACAUGUGGGCAGAACAGCACAGAACUUUAUUGCUUCUACCCAGACCAGCACCUCCUUCAUUGGGCCUCCCAAGGCUGUGGGCAGCCCCGCUGCACUAAAUGCAAUGCCAAUCAGCCUGAUAACUCCCACCUUCCCUCUGAUAUGACAGAUGAUUUCUUCCUAAAUCCUGGUUCCUGGUGGCAGUCUGCACAAGGGGUACACAGGGAAGAAAUCAGGCUGGACUUGGAAACAGCGUUCUACCUGACUCACGUCAUAGUAGUGUUCAAGUCGCCGCGCCCAGGUGCUAUGGUACUGGAGAGGUCUCAGGACAAUGGCCAGACGUGGAGGCCCUACAAAUAUUUUUCCGUCAACUGUACAGCAACGUUUGGGCUUCAAGAUGAUCUUAUUGAAGAGGGCUCUCUGUGCACUUCCAGGUAUUCAGACGCAGUGCCUUGCACUAGAGGGGAGGUGAUCUAUCGUGCCUUAACUCCAACCAACAAGAUCGAAGACCCAUAUGGUCCUGAGGCCCAAGACCUCCUGAAACUCACCAACCUGCGCCUCCUUUUAUUAAAAAGGCAGGAGUGUCCCUGCCAAGGCUUGGGAUUGCUGGAGAAACCCCAGAGGUUUGCCCACUAUGCUAUCUAUGAUCUGAUUGUCCGGGGAAGUUGCUUCUGUAAUGGUCAUGCAGAAGAAUGCCAGCUUGCCAAUGGGACAGGGAACACAGAGAACGUGGUCCAUGGGAAGUGUGUGUGCAGACACAACACAGCAGGGAACCACUGUGAAAGGUGUGAACCAUUAUACAAUGACCAGCCUUGGAAGCCAGGAGAUGGAAAAACUGGGGCACCAAAUGAAUGCAGAAAGUGCCGCUGUCACAACCAUGCUGAUAGCUGCCACUUCAACCUGAGUGUUUGGCUGGCAUCUGGGAAACACAGCGGUGGAGUAUGUGACAACUGCAAACACAACACGGAGGGACAUCGAUGUCAAAGGUGCAAACCAGGAUUUUACAGAGAUAGGGGAAAACCUAUGUCUUCCCCAGAGGUCUGCAAACCUUGCUCCUGUCAGCCUAUGGGAUCGGCCAAUGCAACCUUCAGCAGAAGCUGGCGGUGCCACCCAAAGACGGGGUUCUGUUACUGCAAGCCAGGUGUGGCAGGCCCGAACUGUGACAGAUGCCUUAUGGGAUACUGGGGCCUUGGAGAAAAUGGCUGUCGUCCUUGUGACUGUGCCAGAGACUGCGACCCGCACACUGGAAACUGUUUCAAUGGUUAUGACAAUGAGCCAUUUUUCAACAUCCCCAUGGGUGGGCGAAUCCCUGACCUCCUACAAACGCCAGCCAAUGAAAGCGAUGAGUGGAAAUGGAAUGAUCAUGAGCAGGGAUUUUCUGCUUUGAGACAUCCAGAAAAGUGUGUGUGCAAAGAGAAAGUGCUCGGAAGUGUCACUGAUUUCUGCCAGAUGAAAUAUGCAUAUGUGAUAAAAGCAAGAAUCCUAUCGGCUCAUGACAAAGGAACCCAUGCGGAAGUUGUAGUGAAGGUAAAGAAGGUCCUGAAAUCAGGCAAAGUGAAAAUUGCCCGGAGUAACAGAAGUAUCUAUCCGGAGUCCUGGACCAACAGGGGAUGUACAUGUCCCAUUCUCAAUCCUGGUUUCAGCUAUGAUAGGGGAGGGAGGGCAAGAUCUGUACCUUUCCCCCCGCACCCCCCUUUGUCUAUCAUCCAGAAGUUUUGUUCCACACACUGAACCCGAAGAAUUAAACUUUGGAUAUUAACAGGAUGGAUCUAGAAAGGCUGCCAAUCUCCCACCGCCCCAAGCUCCCCAGGUUGGAUGUCCAAGCUUCAUUUCAAUUAAAAAUCAAGCAAUCACAUACACAUGACACAAAUACACAAGCAACCAGAUACCAUACAACAGCCAUAUGAAAUAAGGCACAAACGUAAACGAGAAACAAGACACAGCAGACAACGGAUACUCAAUAAGAAAUGCACACACACCAGACAUAUGGAUAGGAACACUCACACGUUGCUGAAAAUAAGACUGUAAAUUGCCAGCCAAAAUCUAGCCAUCCUUUUCAGUUGGGGGAUGUUUCUUCGUUGUGUUUUAAAGAAUUUGCACCUUCUGCUUGUGUUUUGUGCUAUUAAACCAACAAAAUCAAGAAAACUUCAGAGGGGGACAGCUCCCUCCAUAACCUGCCCCAAGGUGCUUAGCUGUUACAAAGGCCUCUGAACAGUAAGGGAAUUUUACGUAUCAUACCGGAUAUAAUACACGAAAAAAACCCACCUGUGUUUAAUGCAAAACAUCCUGAUUUUCAGUGGCACCUCAAUCUGGCCUUUCCUUGAAGGUGUACAAUUGUGCAUGAACUAAUAUCUGCGCACACAUUUUCUGUGCACUAGCAGUUGCGUGUGCAGAUGAUAAUCUAACAGGGAUGCUUUAGAAUUCUCACAUUCAAAACCAGCCUACACCCGGCAAGACCUGAUUCUGCUGUCACUUAUACCUGUGCAAACAAGGAGUAGUUCCACUGAAACCUAUG